AUGGCAGAAAUUAACGCUAGUAGUGUUCAAUCAGAAGAAGCAUCUAAAGAAGAAUUUGAUGAAUUUGCUACUAGAAGGCAUAAAAAAUAUAAAACAUGUGAAACAUGUAAACGGUAUCGUACUGGAUCUAUGAUUAUAAAAUUUAAAAAAUUUACAAAAGGUGAUUUUGUUAUUCCUGAUUCGCUUGAGAUUGAAGAUGAAUAG